AUGAUAGAUGACGCUCGGAUCCUCGGCAACCACAAGGAAGCGGGCAACAACAACGACGACAUCUACAAUGAGGACGGGAGCGGCGUCACCACCUUCUACUCCGACGAAGAGGCCGCCCUAAGCGGCCACGACGACGGCGGUGUGCUGCAGAUCGGUUCCUUCUACUCGGCCGGCGGCCUGCGGGCCUGGCUCGCCUACCUGCGCCGCAAGUGGUUCAAGCGCAAGCGGCUCUUGUGGCUCCUCGCCGUCGUGCUGGUCUUUCUGCUGCUGGUGGCCAUCAUCCUGCUCGCCACCCUGCCCUCGGGCAACUCCUCGGGUGCAAGCUCGCCCGCGCCGCCCGUGGGUGCGGGCUACGUGCGGGCCCAGCGCGGGGCCGUGGCCACGGAGAACGGCCUCUGCUCGGACAUCGGGACCACCAUCAUGCGGGACCUCGGCGGAAACGCGGUGGAUGCAGCGGUGGCGAGUUGUCUGUGCAUCGGGGUGCUCAACAGCUUCUCCUCGGGGAUCGGCGGCGGUGGCGUCCUGCUGCUGCACACGAAAGAGGGGCAUAGCGAGCUGAUCGACUUCAGGGAGGUGGCGCCCAGCGCGGCGUCGCAGGACAUGUACCGCGACCGACCGGUCGAGGCCAGCCGCACGGGCGGGCUCAGCGUGGCGGUGCCGGGCGAGCUGGCCGGGCUCGAGUACGCGUGGCAGCAGCACGGGUCGGGCCACGUGGCGUGGAAGGACCUCGUCAUGCCCUCGGCCCAGCUGGCCCGCAACUUCACCGUUCCCGCGCUCCUCGCCAAGUGGAUCGCCGACACGCCGGAGAUCGUGGUGGACCCGGGGCUUCGGUCGGUGUACGCGCCCGACGGGGUGCGCAAGAAGGAGGGCGACACGGUCUCCAAUCCGCGCCUGGCCGACACGCUCGCGCUCGUGGCAGAGAACGGCGCAUCGGCGUUCUACUCGCGUACGUCAUCGCUGGCGCAACAGCUGGUGGCCGACAUCCAGCAGGCUGGAGGCAUCAUCACCGCCGACGAUCUUCACAACUACCUCCACAACGGCACCGUUAAGGUGCGAACGCCGGUGAAGGGAUUCUACCGCGGGCUGGAGGUGCUGAGCGCAGGUCCACCGUUCGGCGGCGCUUGCGUGGUGAUGGCGCUCAACCUGCUCGAGGCCUACAAUCUGCCCCUGCUCGGACCGACGGCCCAGGCCUAUCACUGGGUGGCCGAAGCGUUGGCCUUCGCCUACGCCGAUCGCAUGGGUCUGGCUGACCCGCAAUUCGCCGAUCUGCACAACCUCACACACGCCAUGUUGAGUAAGGAGCACGCGGGUCGGCUGCGGCGACGGCUGCGGGCCGACAAGACCUUUCCCUACACCCACUACGAGGACAUGGUGAACCUCAUCUUCGGCUCGAAGGUGCUGUCGCCGUCGACGGGCGUGGUGCUGAAUAGCCAAAUGGACGACUUCUCGAUCCCCGGGCGGGCCAACGCCUACGACCUGCCCCCGUCCGAGGCCAACUUCAUCCGGCCGGGCAAGCGACCACUCUCGUCCAUGUCGCCAUCGAUAGUGUUGAAGGAUGGCGAGGUCUAUCUGAUUGUCGGCGCAUCAGGCGGUUCGCGAAUCAUCACGGGCACCCUGCAGACGUUCCUCAACGUGGUGGACUACCGGCAAGGCCUGUGGAAGGCCGUGUCGCGACCGCGCGUCCACCACCAGCUCCUCCCCACCGACGUCUACACCGAAACGGGCUUCGCGCAGGACAUCAUACGAGAACUUGCGCAGCGCGGCCAUCAGAUGGGCCGCAAGGAGGAGAUCGCGGUCGUCCAGGCGGUGUUGGUGGAGUCCAAGCAAGCCGACGACGAGAACGCGGCCACCCGCGUGCUCCACGCCGUGAGCGACCCGCGAAAGCACGGACGCCCUGCCGGCUUUUGA